UCACGUGACAUUGUAACCCCACACGUAUUAAAAAUUAUCGUCCUCCCAAAUUUAAUUGGAUCUUUUAGGUUUUGUAUUUCAGUGGUAAGGGCAAAAGGGUCAUAUAGAGGUCGAUAUAAUGUUACCAACUGUCCAACGCAUGCGCUCCUUUAGUCUCACCAUCUCACUCUUUUCAGCUCCGAAACCGUUCACUUUCCUCUGCUUUUCUGUGCUUACUGUGACCAGAGGGAGCCUGUAAGAUUCUUCAGUUCAGAUCAGAUUUCAGAUCCAUCCAAGUCCUUUCACUUUGCACUUUUAUGUGCAGGUAAAUAAUUGGUGAAAUAUCCGUAGGCAAACAAUCGUUGGACAUCCAGUGAAGAAUCAGAUAGAACAAUAUGCCUUGGUUGGGUUUGUCAGUUGACGUCUUUCGUAAAGUUGUGCACUUGAACUUGUAUUGGAGGGUUAUUCUGUAAAUUGCUCGUUCUGAUUUCAUUGAACUCAACCCUCAAGUUGUUCAUCCUUUUGUUGAUUUUUCUUCAAGCUUUCAUGGGGUCGAAUCAGUUUUUCGUUGUGUGUCCCGAUAUCUAUAGAAUUAGUUGAAGGUAGAAAGCCAAACCUGUAUUUUUCUUCAAUCUCAAACCCCCUUUAAGUUUCUCUUCUAGUUUUGUUUGAUAUAAUCCUCACUGUAUCGGUCUCUUCGGUUCUCAUCUAGCUUGGCCUCUAUUAUUCUUCCCUCUGGAAUCCUCUGGAUUGAGUGGUUUCAUCAAGGUUCAAGUGUAGUUAUGGUGUGUCAAGGUGCAAGCCAGACGAAAUUUCGGGCUUUGAAACAUGAAAAUGGGAUGGCUGGAAGACCAACAAUUAUAGUUAGAGUUAUUGCUUGCUUUCAACCUUUGCAGGAUUGCCAGGCUGAGUACUUUCGACAGCUGCUUAAGCCUAUUACGUAAAUUGGUUCGAGAUUUCCUGUCAUUUACCAAGCCAGAAUUUGUAGUAUUUUUUUCCUUUUUGUUUGUAAAGGACCCAGAAAGUAAUUGAACGUUGCUGAUCAAAGAACUAUUUAUCUCCUGUCAGGUGAUCCCUUUAGUUGGAUGGUCAAGGCGAACAACUCUUUCCCUUUUACACAGCAUUCUGCUCGGAAACUGCCUUAUCUGAAUCGUACGAGCAUGUUGCUGGAGCACGUGCAACAUGAAUGUUUUCCAUCAUCUACCAACGAGGGAACUUGGCCAGUAUCUGGACAUAUGGCAUUGCCAGCGUCUACAGUUUCUGGUAUUCGGAGUCUGAAUGCUAACGAAGCAAAUGAAGACCGUGGGUUGCUUCAAUACUUACCGCCACAUUUGCAGAACUUACUUCCUCCUCCAAACUCGUAUCUUCAUGAAAAGCAGUCACCAUUUUCUUUUGAAUUUGGUGGUGGGAUGGCUGUACCAAAUGCAAAUCCAGGUUCUUCUCAGAAGGGGUUCUUUAUUUUCGACCAGUCUGGGAAUGAAACAAGGCUAAUAUACAAUUCUGUUUGCCCUCCUAGCCAGUAUCCACCUAUGGCCAGCGCGAAGCUUGGGUGUGGUUAUGAUUCACAUAAACUGGAACAAACAACCAGCAUGGACCAAAUUGGUCCAACCAAGUGCUUCUUAUUUGAAGAGACCGGUGAGAAUCAUAUAAUUGAAGAGAGUGAGAUGCAUGAAGACACAGAAGAAAUCAAUGCAUUGCUCUACUCUGAUGAUGAUGAUGAUGAUGAUGAUUGCGGGGAGGAUGAUGAAGUAAAAAGCACGGGUCACUCUCCAUUCUGCCGUCAAGAGAAUUAUGGAAAGAACGAAGAUGUUGAGGAAGUAGCAGAGAAGAUGUUUAGUUCUGAAUCUGAUCCUCCAAACAAAAGACACAAAUUGCUUGACGGUGGCUACGUGCAAUUAUCACCAGUGAAGACUGUCAUUAAUUCGUUACAACUCGAUAAGUCUCAUGAGUACGGGAACAAUACGGAGUCAAGCAACACUCUUGGCCAGAGCCAAGGAGAGGAAGCAAGUUGGAGUAAGGGUAAGAUGAAGUCGAAAACAGACAAGAUUUGCGAGACAGUUCGAGUUCUUGAGAGCUUAAUUCCUGGUGCUAAGGGCAAGGACCCGGUUUUGAUCAUCGACGAAGCUAUAGACUACUUGAAGUCUAUGAAGCUUAAAGCCGAAACUCUGGGAGUGAGUUUCCACUAAGCCACUAUGGUCCUUGGAUAACCAAUGUGUAGCUGUAGCAGAGUGGUAAACGUGGUAAGCCUCAGAAUUCUAAAAUGCUAUUUUCACCGCAUUUUUCAUACUAUGUUUGCACCACUUCUCUAAUAGAGAUGUGAUCUACGUGUCGGUGGAUCCUACUUCUGUUAGAGAGUUGAUACAGAUGUUGAAAAAUGUGAUGAGUGUAGUAUUACUCGAUGAAUUUGAAAUCACUAGAGGUGGGGUCCUUCUCUUAGUAUUUAGUAGGAUAAUGUGGGGCCUAAUAAAAAGUAAGAAUGAUUAUGUUUAAGCUUUAUUUAUGGGGUGGGAUUAAAGAUAAAAUAAGUCACCAGAGAUUUGAUUUGAAGGCAUGUGGGGAAGGAGGGAUGAUAGUGGUGGGGACUGCUGUUCCCUCCUGUUUUCAUCAAAGUGUUGAUUUAGUGCAUGCGCGCUAGGGUUAGGUGAUAUCGGGUCCCAUCUUCACCUGUCUUUAAACUUUUUUUUCUGGUGAUGGAAAUUGGAAUGAUGCAGCAAAAGUUUGGGUUUGUUUGUUUUACAUAUGCUGGCAGUGUGAAAAGAGGAGGUGAGAGAAUCUUAGUCCGAAAGUAAAUGCAGUUGUACGGUGGGAUUUAUGGGAUGGGUGUGGUUAACAACAAGAGUAGAUCUAGGAGUCCUAGUCUGCAAGGAGUGAGUGUGUUAUGCUUUUCUGAGUUUGUAGACAAAGUGUCUGUAAAUAACUAUGGUGUGGAAGAGUUGAAUGGAUAUGGGUUCCGUAGGGAACUGAUUUCUGUACGCUCAUUUUUCUUUUCUUUUCAUUUUACACCUGUUUUGUU